UCUGUCCAGGCUCUUCCGCUGUUUUUCAGCUGCAAGUGAAAGUUAAUCAAUAUUUAAAAGUAGCAUGAUACAGUUUCUCUUGACAAAUGCUAACAUGACAGAGUAAUGCGUCACUUUCGGACGUCUCACGCAAAGAGGGACUUUUAAUUUGGAUUCAUACCCUGUCAAAGAUAGAUGACAAUGGAUUCUCAAGGAAGUUUGACCGAUGAAGUCAAGCCAGAAGAGAAAAGCAAUGACGCUUCACAAACAAAUGAAAAUGUGGGUCUCUCUGCUCCGCCAAUGUCUAACACAACAAAAGACCCCACACCAACUGAAGACAUGCCCAGUAGCUUAGAUUCUCAGAAUUCAAUGGACUGUGAGCCUUCGCAUCAACCGGAUGAGUCUGUUCUUGCAGACAACAAAAGUAAUGCAGCUGUAACUCCCAGCUCUAAUGGGCAGAAAUCCAGGAGACCUGAGUCUCCCGGUCCACACCCGGGUAAAACAACCUGUGUUGGUGCGUGCCCUGAAAAUCCAAAACUCAAACUUUGUCUGAAAGUUGGUCACAGGAAAGUUGAAGGUAUACUUGAUGACGAAAAAGUGCCGAGCCCUGAUAGCCCAGUAUGUAAAACCACGUUUAGCAACAACUCUGCAGUUACGUGUGAAGGUGGAAGCCCAUGUACAGAGGACUCUGGCUUUGAAAAGUCUCGGGUGGUGGAAUCUCAGCAGGCUGUCAACGAUUCAGACUCUGAAAAACUGGCAAAAGGAAGAGUUCAUCCUGACAUAAACGCUGAAGAUGAGGAUGAGCAAAUGGAGUGCAGUACCUCAUCUAAUAUGAGUCAAGACCUAAAGGAAAACCAGUCGGAUGCCAGUUUCAGAGGGGUUUCAUUGCCAAUGCAGAACUUUGACAAAAGCUGGCUGGGGACGCCCAUAGAUGGGCUGAAGAGACUACCGCAGUGUGCCCCUCCUCUGUCUCCCCUGAAAGCAACGCCUAAUCACUCCGUCACGAUCAGGACAGAUCUCCUCAGAGAGGGUGAGGCCCCCGUCCCGUACCCCUCUAAGUUCAGAGACGCAUGGGAUGACGUUUCGGUGAAGAUGCCCUGCUCUGAGAAGAAUCUCUUUCCUAUGGAGACUGAGGACGGCGGUCUUCAAAGUCGGUGGGAGCUAAUCCGAAAUGCCCUGCAGAGAGGCUUCAAAAGUUGUCUGGAUGUGAGGGAUGCAAUACUGAGGUACCACACAGCCAGUGCAAAGAAAUGGGACUUCACUGCCUUGAACCUUCUUUGCACAGAGUAUCUUGAGCAUUGUGAGGUACAACACCUAUUCAACAAGGUACUACCUGCCAUGGUGGACCUGGCUCUAAAUGCUCCUCGCCUCUGCACAAUGCCGAUCCCUUUACUCAAGUCAGGUAUGAACCAUUCCCUGACUCUGUCUCAGGAGCAAAUAGCCUGUCUUUUGGCCAACGCCUUCUUCUGCACAUUCCCUCGACGCAACUCCCGCAAGUCGGAGUACAGCAAUUAUCCUGAGAUCAACUUUUGCAGGUUAUUUGAAGGUUCCUCACCAAGAAAAAUUGAGAAGUUGAAAACUCUGUUGUGUUACUUCCAAAGAGUAACUCAGACUAAACCCAAGGGUCUUGUUACAUUCACAAGACAAGCUCUUAACCAUCCACCAAACUGGGAAAGGUCUCAGACUCAGUUUACACGUCUACAUAUCACCUGUGAAGGGACAAUUGAAAAUGAAGGAUACGGGAUGCUGCAG